CUUUCUCCGUCACAUUCCGAACACUGAAAAAACUUUAUUAGUCUCCGCUCCGAGAACACUAUUAUCAGUAGACGUGUCAGCUGUGAGGGAGAGAGAGAGAGAGAGAGAGAGAGAGAGAGAGAGAGAGAGAGAAAAUUCACUUCACUUCACCGUUCAUCAUUUCUGUACACCAGGAUCGGAUUGUUGGAUCAGACACGCAAAGAUGUUAACCAAAUUCGAGACCAAAUCGGCUCGCGUCAAAGGCCUGAGUUUCCACCCAAAGCGUCCCUGGAUCCUGGCCAGUCUCCACAACGGCGUCAUCCAGCUGUGGGAUUACCGCAUGUGCACCCUCAUCGACAAGUUCGACGAGCAUGACGGUCCAGUAAGAGGAUCGACUUCCACAAGCAGCAGCCUCUGUUUGUCUCGGGUGGAGAUGAUUACAAAAUCAAGGUGUGGAACUAUAAGCUUCGUCGCUGUCUCUUCACUCUGCUUGGACAUCUGGACUACAUCCGCACCACCUUCUUUCACCAUUGUCCUGACAGGUCAUAACCACUAUGUGAUGUGUGCUCAGUUCCACCCGUCGGAGGACCUGGUGGUGUCGGCCAGUCUGGAUCAGACCGUGCGGGUGUGGGAUAUCUCUGGUUUGAGGAAGAAGAAUCUGUCUCCGGGUGCUGUGGAAACAGAAGUGCGUGGGAUCACCGGGGUGGACCUGUUCGAGCGCCGGACGCCGUGGUUAAACACGUCCUGGAGGGUCAUGAUCGAGGGGUGA